AUGAACGUCCCGUGGGAAACCAAUCGCCUACAUCGGUCAACUUCCUUCGACUCCAUCCCGGAAAACUUUAAUACGCCAGCGGGCGUCCAGCUAACGCGAGGCUCUGGGCAUGAACAUGCUCUGGGAAAGACCAGAAGAAGAAGUGAGAGUUCUCCGCCAGCCCUUGGACGGCAACAAGCCGAAUUCCACAUGUUUCCUUUGUUUCCCCUCGAAAUAAAAGAGUUGAUAUACUUGGCAGCCCUGGAUUUAGAGGGUGGAAGGAAUGUUGAAGUCCUCGAGAAAUGGGUCCAACUCCGCUAUCCGAACCGUCCACCAAAGGAUGCAUACCUUUUUGUGAUAGGGCAAAAGCUACCUAGUCUGUUAGCCACUCACAGAGAGGCAAGGGAGUUUCUGCUCAAAACCAAAGUCUUCACCUACCUUUUUAAAACGGGUGCUGGCAGACCACCAGUGCUCUUCGAUACUAAGAGGGACUGUUUGUACUUGAAGCCAGGCUCACGCGCACAUCGUGCACUUUUAGGACUAUCUUUAAAUGACUCCAAGGAUCUUUCUUUCGUUGAGAUCUUGCGGAUCAAGACUCAACGACUUGAUCGUGAGGAUGGUACUGGUUGGCUGGAACAAAGUCUCUCUUAUUUCCCAAACUUGAAGCAGCUGGCUAUUGAGCUAUAUCCACAUUCUCGUCGACAGAGAAAAGGUGUCAUGCUCGAAUUGUGGUUUGACGGCAUGGCUGGUAAUAACGAUGUGGUAAAGAUUGAAUUUACAAGUGAUGGGAUCACCUACGAGGAUCAGGCUGCUAUAGAUGCAGCAGUUGAGCAUACAGACGAUGUGGACUACAGACUCGACAUCCAACGCUACGGCCGGAGGAUUUGCAAUCUGUUAAGAAACCAAUUGGAUCUUCCCAGAGCUCAGCUACUGAUUCCCGUUCAUCGUCAGGUUGAUGCAGCUUCCACGAUCAAGGAGAUAGACCUCACGGAUGGGAAUCAUCAUGGACAUUCGUUGAUCAAAUAUGGUUGA